CAGAGAUUAACGGUAAACAUGGACAAAGCUCUCUUUGUAUACUGAUUUCAAUGUCUUGACAAAGGCUUAUGCUUAAACCAAAAUACAGUAUAUAAUUAUCUAUUAAAAGAAGAUAAAGAGAAGACGUUUUUAUAAAAGACAUAUAUCUGAGAUUUAACCCACUGGAUACCAACAGUAAUAUACACACAGUGUCAUUAGAAGCCCAGUUGGCUGUACUGAACCUCUGCCAUACACUCAUAUGCUCCUGUUACUGUGAAGAUCACGUAUAAUACACGUCACAGUGUUUGCCAGUAAAGAAGAAACAUUAUAAGAAUAUCUGACUAAUUCAGUUGCGCUGAACAAGGCAAUGUCUGACAAGACAGAGAACCAAACCUUAGACGUUCCUGAUGCACAUGGAGUGUGUCUAGAGGAAAACCCGGGCACUGGGCUAUUAAAUGUGAAGGAAGAGGAUGAGACAGAUGACAUGAAUAGUCAUCAGCCUGAAAUACGUUGCUCCCUCCCUGCUGAUGAAGAUAACGCUGAUAUAGUGAAAGAUGAGAUAACAGAAGAUCUGUGUGUGAAGCAGGAGCUGGAAGCACCAGACGAGGAAACCAGUGACAGCAUCAGUUCAGAUGAAGAUAACGCUUAUAUAGGGAAAGUUGAGGUAACAGAAGAUCUGUGUAUGAGGCAUCAGAUAGGAGCAACAGAUGAAGAAACCAGUGACAGUAUCAGCCCUGACGAAGAUAAUGCUGAUAUAGUGAAAGUUGUGAUAUCAGAAGAUCUGUGUGUGAGUGAUCAUUUGAAGACUGAGGAGGAUGAAGUUCCUAUAAAUACGGCUACAGGUAGCUUCACAAACUGCAGCUAUCCUACUCAUGGUCAGAGUGUUGAUAUUUCUUUAAAACUUUAUCAAACUCAAAUAAACCUUGUGGAAAAUGUAUGUUCUGAAUGUGGGAAAUGUUUUAACAAAAAAUCAAAUCUUCUUAGACAUCAGAAAAUUCACACACGGGAGAAAGGAUUUUCGUGUUCUGAAUGUGGAAAAUGUUUUACUCUCAGAUCUUAUCUUAUUACACAUGAGAAAACUCAUACAGGAGAAGCGGCAAUUAUAUGUUCCGAAUGUGGGAAAUGUUUUUCCAGGAAAUCAAAUCUUUCUACUCAUCAGAAAAUUCAUACAGGAAAAAAGGCAUUUUCAUGUUCUGAAUGUGGGAAAAGUUUCACCCAGAAAUCAAGUCUUAUUAAGCACCAAAAUAUUCAUAAAGAUGAGAAAGCAGCAUUUUUAUGUCCUGAAUGUGGGAAAUGUUUUACUCUGAAAUCAUACCUUAUUGGUCAUCAGAAAAUUCAUACAGGAAACAAAGCAUUUUCGUGUGCUGACUGUGAAAAAUCUUUUUUUCUUAAAUCCGACCUUAUUAGACAUCAGAAAACUCAUACAGGAGAGAAAGAAUUUUCAUGUUUUGAAUGUGGGAAAAAUUUUACUCUGAAAUCACACCUUAUUACUCAUCAGAAAAUACAUACAGGAGAGAAGCCAUUUUCAUGUAUUGACUGUGGGAAAUGUUUUAUUCAGAAAAUACAACUUACUAAACAUCAGAAAGUUCAUGGUAGAAAAAAAACAUUUUAAUGUUCUGAAUGUAGGAGCUGUUUCUUAGGAAAUCAAAUCUUAAGAAUCCACAGCUUUGUACUACAUACCCUGCUUAAUAUAGUAGUGCUGAAGAUUGUUAGAUUGUCUCUGCUAAAUCUAGGUCAAUUUUAAAGAAUAUUAUAGUCAUUUAAAAAAACAGAACUGAUUAAAUGCUUACUAUGUGAUUGAUAUUAUUGUAAUGUACAUGUGUUUUAUACUUUUGAUCUAUUUUUAAUACAUAUAUUUUUUUUACUGUUA